AGUCUAAACAUAACUUACCAGCAGACAACAUGCAUUAAGCAAACGGUUGGAAAUUUAAAAUAAAACGUUUUUAUUUUUUCUACACCCAUCCUUCGCUCUCGUUCUUUGUCUACGCACCUUACAUAAGUUUAUUAAACUUCGUUUUUUGGUUAAGUUUUUACGUUAAAAAUAAAAUUUAAAAUACUCUAUUUCAAUUUAAAAACACACACACGCGUUCAUAUCCUCCCCGCGGCUUAGGAUAUGUUAUCCAAUACGGGUUUAAAGAAUCUAAAUAUCUUUGUCGUUCUGAAACGGACCUAUGUGAAUAUUGCGGUCGUCUUCGUAUGUCUGCUAUCCUCGGUUGUGGCGGCAUAUCCUUCGAAUACCUACAAGGAUUUGGAUAUAUGCAAUCACUGGAAUGGUCGUCGACAUUUCCUGGAAUUGGGCGAACGUGGCGAAUUGCAUGCGCGCAAUGUAACCACAUCGGCAUAUCGUAGUACCCUGUAUUCGUCGGCCUCAUCAACUUCCUCUCCAUCCUCGGCCAAUGGGGCGACGGCUGGUGCCAACACCAAUUUAAAUGGCGCCAGCAAUGCCUUGAAACUCCGUUCCAAUUUGGAUUUUUGGUAUCAAUGCAACCUGGAGUUGGUCACCUGUGCCGAAUGUGUCAUACGCAUCACCGUCACCUUUGCCAAUUUCUCCAAGACCUGUGAACGCAUCGCCAACACAGCCGUGGGCAAGUCCUCCCUGUGUCCCUGUGAACACAUACAAUUUUCGGAACCUCCGUACGACAAUACGAUAUCGGGUCAAGAGUUUUGCGGCGAGGGCAAAGUGUUUCGCAGUAAAACGCGAACGCUGUUGCUGAAGUUUUUCUAUCGGGCAACCAAUAGUCAUGUCUUUUCGUUGCAGUACUUUUCCGAACGUAAUGUAAAAAUCGUUAGCGGUAUACCGCGACAAACCGACUUUUCGAAUAAUCCAAAUAGCAAUGUACCCCAGAUAAUAUCCACACCCUAUUUCCCCAUGAAUUAUCCGCGAGAUUAUGGUACUGAGUACAUACUGACAUGUGAUUCGGACAAUUGUCAUGUCCGUUUGGAUUUCACCGAUUUUCAAUUGGGUCUGACAUCGACAAUGGAAAUAUUCGAUUCGAAUGGUCAAAUGGUGGACUCAUACACCGGUGAACAUUUUCGUCCGCCCAUCAUCAUAAGUACGGGCAAAUCGUUGUUAUUGCAAUUUCGUGGUAACGGGGUAGCCAGUGCUGGAUUUCGAGCCGAAGUUACGUUUGUAACGCCCAGUCAGCUAAAGGAAGAUCGUUUGAUGCCGUAUACUGAUUGUGGUGGCUUGGUUUCUGGACCUGGUGGUGCCAUUACCAUGAUGAAUAUGAUUGAAAAUGCCACCGAUGUGCGCAUGUUCGAUUGUAUUUGGAUCAUUAAACCCAGCAAUAAUUACAUUAUGAUGAAGACCCACAUCUCGUUGCGUGUCGAUGAGUUCCACAGCAUGGCCUCACGUUCCGAUUUGACCAUACGCCAGGGCACCACCUCCGAUGCCCCGGAAAUAGAGGAUGUGAUGUGGCCCAAUAACGGAAUGUCCAAAGAGAAUCAUGUUGUACCCGUCCUAACGGGUUAUUACAUACGCCUGCGUGGGGUCUUUGGCAUGUCCUCAAAACUGGCCAUAGUCUACAGUGUCUUCAAUUAUUUGAAUCCCUAUGUCCAUUUAGAUUGCUACAUUGGGUCGGAAUUCCUGUGCAACAACAACCACUGUAUAUCGAUUCGUUUGCAUUGUGAUGGUUUCGAUCAUUGCGGCGACGGCAGCGAUGAACCCGAUACCUGCGAAGAAGAUUGGGCCCAUUUGCAAAACGAUCGUCGUUGGUAUUCGCAUAAACCGAAUUAUUAUUUUCCCAAAAUUGAACAGUAUCCGGAUUUGAAAACGGCCACGGGUAUCUUUGUGAUCUCAACUUUGGGGAUUUUUGCUGUACUCUCCGGUUGGAUGGUAAUACUCUAUAGGAUGGGUGUCAGGGCCAGGCAUCAGAGAGAACUGCAAAAUCAUUUGCAAACCAUAAGCGAGCUGUUGGACCGCCAAGAGGAAAUCAUUCCCGAUGAACCUCCCAGCUAUGAGGCCCCACCCGACUAUGAGGAGGUGAUAAAAAUCGGCAUGGAUCAUGAAAUGCGUGAGCCACGUGAUCGCCAGCGCAAACAUCAUCGACGACGUCGCGAUCGCAGCUGUAGUCGAGCCAACAGCAACACCACGGUCUCCUCCACCGUACCCAUACACAAUUUCAGCGAUAUGCCCUCAACAUCGGCAGCAGCUUCCGAAAUCUACAACUUACGCAGCACCCCCGAAACCCUAAUGGAGCUAGAGGGUGCCACAGCCAGUGUUGUAACGCCGACCGUAGUAACUACGCCGGAUUUGGUUCAGCAGGUGGCAAGAGCAACACAAAAUUGUGGUAUUGCAGGCACGUCUCAAGCAUCAGAGACAGAGGCAGCGCAAGCUACAUGCCAGUGUAAUUGUAAGGGGCAGAUGGGCCAAUGCCUCCCGGCCGCAGCUGUAAUCGAGAAUAUCGUCAUAACACCCAAUUCCUCCCCCAAUACACCCCAGAUGGAAGAAAGUGCUCGAGAUUUUUGUGAUGAUUCCUUGAAUAUAUCCUGCACAUUGGGUGUCAUGCAUCCAGUGUCUGCUCCAGUCCCUGGUAUUGCCAUAAACGAAAAUAUUAAUGAAGCUACAACUCGACCCAAGAGUUCUGUCAAUUGUACUGAACACACAUAUUUGAAGAAAACAUGGAUUGUUAUGAACAACGAUGGCAAAGGCUAUCGGGUGCAACGUUUACGUCCCACCUUCUCCUCACCUGAAUCAUUUCUAAGCGAUUGGUCGUGCUAUGGUGAUUCGCAGAAUUAUGGCUCCAUAUUGGCGCAUGAUCUACGGUCCAUUGUCAGCAACAACACCAGCAAUUGUAUCUCGGAUAUAUCGCGAGAUCCAUCCUAUGAUAAUGGCAUAAGUUUCAAUAUGCCCCGAGCGAAAGGCACGGGCAGCUGCAGCAGCAGUGGGAAUAAAACUCAAGAGGCCAGUUCGUCUUCGUUAUAUACGGAAAGUCAUAGUGCAAAUCAAAAUGAGGCCAUAACCACGCAACUGAUAAUGACCAGUCUUGAGCAGGACAGUGAUGAUGAUGAUGAACGCAGUAUUUCUUGUUUCAGCGGAGUCAAUAAUCCCUUUAGAACGGUGAACAACAAUAAAACCAAAUACACCACAGUGGCCGGGAGCAGUUAUGGAGGUGGCAGUGGCGGUGGUGGCGGCAACAAUGGUGUUGCACGCAAUCGCCGCCGCCACUGUCGCAGUAAAUCCUUUACAAAUUCCGGCCGCUUCAAUGAUGCCCGGCAGCAGAACACCAUCAAGCGUAGCUCGUCGGCUAAUCUGCUGCAAAGUUUCGAAAGUGUUAGUGAAAUUACGAAUAGUGAUAGCAAGGAAUCGACGAUAUAUUUAAUUUAAGGUUAUGUAUGUGUAUACGUAUGUAGGUAGGUAUGUAUGUAUGUAUUUAUAGGUGAUUAUAUGCUUAUGCAAUUCAACAAACAAUGUAUGUAAGUAAA